AUGUUUAUUUAUUUUUUUAGAAAAAUAAAAUGGUUAAUAUUAUCCUGUCUUGUAUUUAUUGCUUUUCCACAAUUUUUAUUGCUACUUUUGCACUUUACAAGUCCAAACGGACUUUAUUUAAUUAAAUUAAUUGUAUCUUGGCUAUUUCUGACAAAAAUGUUCUCAAAUAUUUACAUUUAUAUUUUGGCUACUCGUUAUGGAAAGGGAAUGUUUGGAUUGAUUAAAGAAUGGUGGAAAAAUAGAAAGAAAACGGCUAUUAAUCCAAACGAGUCGAUGGCAACAAUUGUAGCCUCACAAUUUAUUAAUCGCCAAGUGCAGACAAGACAGUUGCAAAUGUUGUCAACAAUUGCUAAUUAA